CGAACACCAUCCAUCAUCACGUAUACCUCACCCAUUAAAUCAUCUAGCAUCCACCAUCCACCAUCACACACACAAAGCCUACCUACAUAAAUAAAUACCACCCACAUCACCAACCGACCCGGUGUGACUCCACCAACCCCCACAAAGAAAGACACAAAACAAUGUCCCCCUCGACCCGCCGCCUCCUCAAAGAAUCCACAGACCUCCAAACCAACCCAUCACCCUACUUCCACGCCGCCCCGGUAUCCGACACCAACCUCUUCGACUGGCACUUCACAUUGCUGGGCCCCCCAGCACCCUCCCCCUACGCCGGAGGCAUCUACCACGGCCGCAUCACCCUCCCACCCACAUACCCACUCCGCCCGCCCAGCUUCCGAUUCCUGACGCCCUCGGGGCGAUUCGAAGUCAACCGCGAGAUCUGCCUCAGUAUCUCCGGCCAUCAUGAGGAGACGUGGCAGCCCGCGUGGGGGAUUCGGACGGCGUUGAUUGCAUUGCGGAGUUUCAUGGAUGGAGAUGCGAAGGGCCAGGUGGGCGGGUUGGAUGUGGCGGAUGAGGUGAGGAGGAGGUAUGCGAGGGAGAGUAGGGCGUGGAGGUGUGACGGGUGUGAGGGGAGUAAGGGGAGGGGGAAUGAGGUGGUUAUGAGGGAGUGGUGGGGGGUUUGUAGGGAGAGGGGGGGGGUGGUUGAGGGGGAGGAGGAUUUUGAGGGGGAGGAGGAUAAAAGUGAGGGUAAGGAUGGGGAUGAGGCUGCAGCUGCGGAUGCAGGUAUAUCUGCAGGUGUGGAUGCGGGUGCAGAUAGUACGUCUCAGAUCGCUCAAGCUGAGGUACAACCACAGCAGCCUCAACAACAACAGCAACUACAACAACAUACUCCCCCAGCAACAAGACCUCUACCACCAGUGCCUGCUGCAGCACCAGCUGCUGCUGCUGCUGCUGCUGCAACAUCUCAAGAUACCCCCUGGCUCGACCGAGCCAUCAUCGGAGUCAUCAUCGCCCUAGUAGCCAUGAUCCUGCGACGGCUGACGCGCGACAUGGACAUGGACUGAUCCUGAUUCUUUCUUUACCUUAUACUUAUAUCUGUGUUCCACAUGAAAGCAAAGGUGUUUAUUUGGCGUUGGAUGGUAUGGUAUCUAUAAGUACCCUGGGUUAUUAGGUAUAAUGGUUAUGGUUUUUGUAUAUUAGGUGUUUUUGUGUUAGGCUUUCCACACGAUGUGUUUUGGUGGGGAAUAAGUGGUAAUGUCAAUGUGAGUUUGUGAUUGAAAUGUUCCGGAUGUUGUAGCAUGAGGGAAUGAUUUCCCGAAAGUAAGAGAGCGAUAUGAGAGAAGUUAGGUUAUGUUGGCGCUUUAUCUGUAGUAGGUAGGUAGGUAGGCAGGCAUUGUAUGU